GAACAAAUAUCGGGAUAGCACUUGGACGAGCGAAAUCUGUCGUAUUGAAAGGAACUGGCAUAUAUCGUAGUUUUUCAAUAACAAUUUCAAGUCAAAGGUAUUUUAAUUAAUAGAACACCUGUUGCGAAAAGGAAUUUGAGUAUAUUCAACUACAGUUCGUUGUAAAUUACCUGGAUUUGUCUGCUUUGACGAGUAAGAGAGGCACGUAGGCAACAGCGCAUCUUCAUCCUCAGUCUUCAGUGGUGCCAUGGCGGAUCCCACCACCAGCAUUCCUAAAGGCUGUGGACCCUCAGUAGACUCCCUGUACUUCAACCUGUGUGACCAGGGUGCAGUGUGGGGUAUUGUAGUGGAGUCCCUGGCGGCAGCGGGUGUGGUGACAGCCUUCAUCCUCAUCAUCAUCCUUUUGGCCAGCCUUCCGUUUGUGACGGACAGGAAUAGGAGAAGCACUGUGGCCCUGCAGUCCAGCUUCCUGGUCUUCACCAUUGGCCUUUUCGGCCUAACUUUUGCCUUCAUUGUGGGCCAGGACUUCACCAGUUGCGCCGCACGUCGCUUCUUGUUUGGUGUGCUGUUCGCGGGCUGUCUAGCCUGUCUCCUAAUGCAUGGGGUCUGGCUGGUGUUGCUGGACCAGCUUGGCCAGGGCCCUCGGGGAUGGAUGUUGUGUCUUGGGGCUCUGGCCCUCUGGCUGGUGGAGGUCAUCAUCAACACGGAGUGGUUGAUCCUCACGGUAGAUAGGAGGCCCAAGGCUGUCUCGGUGGAUAGGAGGCCCGUCUCGUGUCUCAUUGCCAACCAGGACUUUGUGAUGGCCUUGAUAUACGUCAUGGCCAUGCUUCUGGCUGCAGUUCUGCUGGCUGUGCCCUCACUCAGACAUAAACAGAAAGAUUUGCAGAAGGAUGGAGCCUUCAUCCUGGCCACCGGGGUCUGCUCUGUGGCCGUGUGGGUGGUGUGGAUUGUCAUGUUCAUCUUUGGGAACCAGGUGGUCGGGGACCCCAGCUGGGACGACCCCACCUUGGCCAUCGCCCUAGUCAGCAAUGCCUGGGUGUUCCUGGUCCUGUACACCAUCCCAGGGAUCUGCUCCCUCAUCAAGACGGACCAGCAGGAGGAGGGGGAGGAGCAGCCCAGCGAUGGGGAACGUGUCAUUUACCCUGUUAGAAGCAUGGUCUACGACAACAUCCUAAAGGAGCAGUCCUCAGCCACAGCCCAUCAGAGCAUGUACAUGGAGAAUAGGGCCUUCUCCAUGGAUGAGCCAAGCACAGCCAAGCAGUCUGCAUCACCAUACGGUGGUUAUAACGGUCAAAUCCGCAGCUGUGUUUACCAGCCUACUGAACUAGCUCUGAUCACAAAGAGCCUGGCAAAUAGGGAUCAGUCCCAUAGCACAGUCCUUCCAAGGGCCAUGGCUCUGCCUCUAAACCAGAGCGUCACCUCUCUGCCUCGUUCCCUGGAGCCCCUACCCACCACAGGACUUUCCCAUGCAGUCAGUGGAAAUGGUGUUCAUAAAACACCUCUGUGGUAAAUAUAUGGCCACGCUGUACUAUUACCAGGUUCCUGUUCUUCAACCUCCCUCUCCUCUAGUCCAUGUCCCAGUUUCCCAUGCUGCCCCCAGAUAUCAUGGCUGGACACUGAGAAGACCCCUGGGAAUUUGACCACUGUAAAGGACAAGCCAUUGUGUACAUAAAAGAGGGCUGGUGGUCCUCUACACCAUCCCAGAUAUUUGUGAUGCUAUGGACACAGAUCUAGAGUCUCUACUUGCAAGUUGCAGUACUUGUACAUGAAUAUGUACCUUUCAGUUGGCAAUGUGCUACAUUGCAAAAAGCUCAAACUACAGUAUGCCUUUAAUGUGCCUAUGUUAGAAUCAGAAUUUAAUGAAGAGGAAGGCAGAGAAAAAGGGACAAAUAGAAAAAGGUCACAUUCUGUUCUUAUCUUACAUACUGUUUUAGCAGCUUCCACUUUCACCUCUGACUCCUACCUAUGACACUAGUGUGUUUUCUUUUUGUUCUCUCUGGGAUCAAUGCUCAUUGCUAUCCUGUUGCAGACUGGCAAUAUAACAGGAUUUCCAAAUCUGAAUGAGCACAACAAACAGAUAUAACAAUGCUUUUGAGGCAAGUAUAUAGAGGGCUUUAAAAUAAUAUUGUUUAAAAAUAAAGAAAAAUGGGAUCUCACACUGUAAAUUAUCACAAUGUGCUUCAAACAACAAGGCACCUCUUUAUAUACUAGAGAUCAGAAAUAAAACAAUUCUAGUUUUGAAAAUUAAUUUAUUUGUAUAUGAGAACUUUGAAUGUAUAAACAAACUGGACUGUAUAUAUUAUUUAUCGGCAAAUUGAAUUUAUUGUACAUUUGGUUAUUUUAGUUAUUGUAUAGAGAUUUGUUUAGUUGCUUUAGUGGUUAUGCUCAACAUUUGUUCAGAAGUGUUAUUUUCUCAUUAACCUAUCAACUAUUAAACCUUUUUUAUUUUUUUAUUUUAUUCAGCCAAGGAUGCAAGGAGAUUUUGCUUACAUUUACUUUGUUAAUCAACAUUGGAAAAAAAUAAGAUAUUAUUACUGUACAUAUACACUAAUUCAAGACAUUUAUACCUUUCAUAUUUCUUUAAGAAUCAUAAAAUAUUAUGGUUUAUUCGUAGGUCCAACAAUGUAUUCAGCAACUCCAGAUUGGCCCAUUAAAUAAAUAAUUUCGUUAAGAUAUUGUUUGACAUGUUCCAUAGCUUGUAGUUCAAAGUUGAAAUAGAUCAACAUUGAAUGGCCCUGUGAAUAGACAGAUACUGAGGAUAGACAGAACAAUUAUUGCAAGAGGAAAAGUCCUGUGGAUGGAAAUAAUGUUCAGAGAGAGGUUAUUUACAUACACAUCUUUGAUAAGCCUCUUUGUCUGCAGAAGCCUUUGACAUGGUCUUUGUUGUCUGUGUGUGUGUGUGUGUGUGUGUGUGUGCGCGCACAGGAAUACAAAUGCUUGGGCCAAUUUUGAAUGUACUACUAUUAAUAUUGUACUACUUCCUAUAUGCACAUACUGCUGUCAUUCUGUAUUAAAAUGUCUGCUAAAUCGCAUAUAUUUUAUUUUGAACUUGAAAUUGAUCUUUAACACAAUUAGAAAAGGCUACAAUAAAAAAAAAUGCACUGUUUUUCUUCUUUCACCAAUUUUACUUAUCUUAUCAAAACAACUCCCAAAGAAUUCUGAAUCUUCGAAGAUUGCGGUAGACCAUCUCCCUAGGCACUCAUUAAGCCAGUAGUCUCCAUUAAUUGCAAGCUACUUGUAGGUUGCAGCCCACUUAUGAGUAGUUAUGGAACCAGUGAAACAAGUCAAAGGGCAUCUGUUUAAGACCAUUUCUCAACCAACACCACAGGUUCCCAGCCAGAGUUUUAAAACUAGGAACAAUUCCACUGAAAAGUUUCCGGAAAGGAUUCAAUAGAUUUUAUAGAGCCCCCUUCAGAGUUAAUUUAAUUAUUACUUUAUCAGUAAUAUUGACAUAAAAAACUGGUGCACUACUUAUAUUUGUACAAUAAAGACCUAGGGCACAUCUGUGUUCUUCACUGAUUUUUCAAUGGGGUCCACUUUGGUUGAUAAGACAUCAGUGUGGGCUGCCACAAGACAAAAUAAUGCAACCAUUAAUGCACUGGGGGGGACACCAAGAGCCGCACAGACAGCAACCAGGGGCCAUCUCCUGCCCGCAGGGCUUGGACUGAGAAACACUGGCCUAGUGGAAAGUUGCAGGGGAGUGAAAACUGGAACAUGUCUAAUCAAAGCAUGAAAAUAAAGAUGCUUCAUUAUUUAAAAGGAGCUCUCAUGUGCUAUUCUGCUUUUUCCAGACUGCUUUAUCCACAUGCAUUUAAUUUGCUUUUUCUCCCUAAUUUAAUUAGAAUUUUUCAGGUCCUGACUAUGGGGUCCCUCUAUGCAUCUCUGCGCUUCACUUUUGUUUGUCCCCAAUUAAAGGCAGCAGCCCUGUGUUGCCUCUAAUUGGGGAUCCUAUUUAGGUUCAGCAUUUUCCACACUCUCUGUUUGUGUUUUUUGCAUUUAAGUUACUGGUUGCUACCACUUGUUUUUCUA